AUGAUUUGGGAAAGACCCCGGGAGGCGGGACAUGGCUCCAGGCGUGGUUCUGAGGGGAGGGUCUGUCUCCGCCCCAGCUGGGACCCCAUCCUGGGCUACAUCAACGAACAGUACGAGCGCUACCUACAGGAGGAGAUCCUCAUCACGCGCCAGCGCCACAUCCCAGACACCCGCGUGCACUGCUGCGUGUACUUCGUGCCGCCCACCGGGCACUGCCUGCGGCCCCUGGACAUCGAGUGCCUGCAGCGGCUGUGCCGGACUGUGAACGUGGUGCCCGUCAUCGCCCGUGCCGACAGCCUGACUAUCGAGGAACGGGAUGCCUUCAGGCGCAGGAUCCAGCAAAACAUGAGGGCUCACUGCAUCGACGUGUACCCUCAGAGGUGCUUUGACGAGGACAUUAACGACAAGAUCCUCAACAGUAAGAUACGGGACCGGAUUCCCUUCGCCGUGGUCGGGGCCGACAGGGAGCAUGUGGUGGACGGGAGAUGCAUCCUGGGCCGCAAGACCAAGUGGGGCGUCAUCGAAGUAGAGAACAUGGCGCACUGCGAGUUUCCUCUCCUGAGAGAUCUUCUCAUCCGCUCCCACCUCCAAGACCUGAAGGACAUCACCCACAAUGUCCACUACGAGAACUACCGUGUCGUCAGGCUCAACGAGAGCCACCUGCUGCCCCGAGGGCCCGGCUGGGUGAACCUGGCCCCAGCCUCCCCUGGGCAGCUGACCACCCCCGGGCAGCUGACCACCGCCGGGCCUUUGAAGGCCUGCAGGCGGGCCCGCGACGACUCGGAGGACGGAUUCUGAGCCCCGGCCGCCCCGGGCCUGCAGGGCUCCCCAGACCCCUCCUCACGCACGCCUGUGCACCAGAGCAGCUAUUAAAGGUGGACAUUGCUUUCUA